GGCGGCUGGCGGGGGAUGAUGGAGAGAAGCCGGCGCGCGCCCCGGCUCGCGCUGGCCGCCGCCGCUCCCCCCGCCGGCCCGCGUGUCUCUGGGCUGCACCCCCGCGCGCAUGGAGGAGUCAGCGUGCGCCCACCGAUGGAAGCAGAGGUUCUGGACUGGAGUGAAUGUUUUACAGCUGCCACUUCUGCCUGAAAGAAAUAAGAAUGUCUAAGCCCCUGGAGCUGGAGAAGGCGCGAGUGCAGCUGCAUGGGGAGCACACAGACACAGAACGAAACGGCCCCGACACAAACCACCAGACCCAGCAGAGCAAACCAGCCCCAUUCUCUCCGGCCCCCACCGGCCCCAGCCCCAAGAUCAAGGCGGAGGACCCCCCAGCCCUGCCUCCAGCUCCAGCACCUGCCCCCCCGGCCCAGCAGCCCCACCUGCCCCAGGCCCAGCUCAUGUUAGCCGGCAGCCAGCUGGCCGGGCUGACGGCCCUGAUGCCUGCCCAGCAGCAGCUCCUCCUGCAGCAGGCCCAGGCGCAGCUCCUGGCCGCGGCCGCUGCAGCCAACGCCGCCAGCCAGCCGCCGGGGGGCGAGGCACCCCAGAGCCAGCCGCAAACGCCCCAGCUGGCUCUGUCGCAGCCCAUCCAGCUCACCGCACAGGACAUCCAGCAGCUCCUUCAGCUCCAGCAGCUGGUGCUUGUCCCUGGGCACCACCUCCAGCCGCCCGCCCAGUUCCUGCUGCCACAGGCCCAGCAAGGACAGCAAGGGCUGCUCCCGACACCAAAUCUCUUUCAGCUACCUCAGCAAAGCCCGGGGGGGCUCCUGCCAACCCCCCCCCGCGCCGGGCUGCCCGCACAGCCAGUGACUCGGCCGGGCCUCCCCGAGUCCCACCUUGCGCACCCCCAGCCCCCGAAAUGCCUGGAGCCGCCGGCGCACCCCGAGGAGCCCAGCGACCUGGAGGAACUGGAGCAGUUCGCCCGCACCUUCAAACAGCGCCGCAUCAAGCUUGGCUUCACGCAGGGUGACGUAGGGCUGGCCAUGGGGAAACUCUACGGCAACGACUUCAGCCAGACGACCAUCUCCCGCUUCGAGGCCCUGAACCUCAGCUUCAAGAACAUGUGCAAGCUGAAGCCGCUGCUGGAGAAGUGGCUCAAUGAUGCCGAGACCAUGUCGGUGGACUCGACCCUCCCCAGCCCCAACCAGCUGAGCAGCCCUAGCCUGGGCUUUGACGGGCUGCCGGGCCGGCGGCGCAAGAAACGGACCAGCAUCGAGACCAACGUGCGCUUUGCCCUGGAGAAGAGCUUUCUCGCGAACCAGAAGCCUACCUCAGAGGAGAUCCUGCUGAUCGCGGAGCAGCUGAACAUGGAGAAGGAGGUGAUCCGGGUCUGGUUCUGCAACCGCCGCCAGAAGGAGAAACGCAUCAACCCCUGCAGCAGCACCCCCAUGCUGCCCGCCCAGGGCAAGCCCCCCGGGUACGGCCCCCACAUGGUGACGAGCCCCGGCCCCGGCCCCGGCCCCGGCGGGAGCCUCCCGCUCUCCCAGGCUUCCAGCAGCCUGAGCACAACAGUGACUACCUUGUCCUCGGCGGUCAGCUCCCUGACCCCCAGCCGGACGGGGGCGGGCGGGGGGCCCCCCGCCAUCAAUUCCGCCACGCCCCCCCCCACCAACAGCACCAACCCCAGCCCCCAGAGCAGCAGCCACUCGGCCAUCGGCCUGUCCGGCCUGAAUCCCAGCACGGGAAGCACAGUACUAGGGGUGAACGCGGGGUUAAACCCAGCGCUAAUGGCCACCAACCCGCUGGCCACCAUCCAAGCACUGGCCAGUGGUGGGACCCUGCCCAUUACCAGUCUUGACGCCAGCGGUAGCUUGGUCCUGGGCACUACGGCCAGCACCCCGGGGAGCCAGAGCAUUGUCACCUCGCCGCUCUUCCUGAACCACGCGGGGCUGCCCCUGCUGAGCGCCACCCCAGGGGGGGUGGGGCUGGUCUCGGCCGCCGUGGCCGCCUCCCUGUCCAGCAAAUCCCCCAGCCUCACCUCCUCCUCCUCCUCCUCCUCCUCCUCCUCCACCUGCUCCUCUUGCAGCUCCUCCAGCGAGGCGGCUGGGCCGCCCCCAGGCCACGCCGGGCCGGCAGCCUCUGAGCCGGACAGCAAGACGGAGUGAGGGGCGGCCGGGCGCUGCCCACCGGUGCCGCAGAAGGAGGGAAGGCGGCAAGAGAUGAGUGAUAGCAAAACAAAACUGUCAGCAGCAGCCAAAUGAAAAAAUCAACCAAAAAUAACCCAAAGCAGCCGAACCAAGGGACAAGAGACGGAGAAACCAAAAACGAAUUCCCCCGGCAUUGGCGACUCGUGGACGUGCUUUGAAUUUCUUAUUCCCUCCGACACACUCCCAAGAAACAGUCCCAGCCGCAGUCUGUCAUGGGACCUGCUGCUUUCCCCAGAGCCCUGGCUCCUGGGGUCACGACGCUGGAGCAGAAUUGGAGCUUUCCUCGAGGAAGCAAGGGGGAAAAAAACGAAUCUGCAGCUCUGAUGCGCCCGGGUGAAAAUCUUGCCGCUCGUGACCCUGAAGGCGCCGAAAGCAGAAGGCAAAGAACCCAGAGUGGAUUGCGGUUUUUGUUUUUGUUUCAUUUGAAAUCUGGUGAUUUUCAAUGGCAAUCUCGCCUUUUAUUUACCGUUCAUUGAAAGUGGGGGGGCUGUCCAGAUGGGUGACCUGAGUCACUCUUCGGCCAGCAGAUUUGGUUUUUGGAAUUCCUUUUAUUUGAUUUUUCUCUGAGUGUUUAUUGGACAUUUUUUGGGGGGAAACAUAAGGAAAAAACAGGUGGGCUUUUUUUGAUUGCACAGGAAGAAGAAAUAGGGGAAAUAAUAUAAAAAAAAAAUCUCACACCAAAAAAUCCCAACCCAUGACCAGUCCUAGCUUCGCCCAAAGGCUUUUUACAAACUUUUCUAACCUCUGUGUCCAGUCGAAUGUCUUUUGAAACCUUUUAUUUAUUAUUAAUUGAUUUUUAUUUGCCAUCUGGGAAGGGGGCUAGCGGGGGACGGGUGGGAGACUCUUUUCAUGUCAGAAUCACGCUCUUAACAAACUCUCUUUUGCUUUUGAUUUGAUAAAUCUCUAUUUUUUCAAUUUGCUUUUAUUUUUGUAAAGAACUAACCAGGCGGGAAGGUGACUUUUCUGUAGCACUCGGGAAGACGUUUCCGAAGGGCUUUUUGGAUCUGCCUGCCGCAUUUGUGAGAGCCGGAUCUGCAUGGGGACGCGGUGCUUCAGUUUAACCGAACUGCCCCGGUCUGCACAGACUUCCCCGCGGGGUUCUGCUUUUCCAGAUCAGACAGGGAGCUGCAGGCUGGUGAAAACGCCUGGUAGUGAGAGACUUCAGGAGCUUCUCAGAAAGGAGCUGGGGAGGUGACGUGAUCACAGCACCUAAGUGCUUUCAUGGGGAGAAAAUCUUAACCUAGCGGAGAAAGGCAGAGCAAGAACCAAAUUAAAGGCAGACAAAUUCCAAUAAGGCCCAGUGAUUAGCAGUGCGAGGGAUUAACCAUUGGGGCGGACACCCCUGGGUGGUGGGGGCUACUCCAUCGCAGAUCCAGCCUGCAUGCCUUUCCGAGAGGCAGCUGUUGGAGCCGAGGGAAUCAACGACCCUGUGUCGCUUGGCGGGAGUCCUCGCGUGACUCUGCCGUGUGUCCGCGGUGCAGCUUCAAGCUGCUCUGCAUCUAGCGAAACCAAGAUUAGCCUGAUUGAGCAUCCAAUGGGGCUUUGCAGCCAUCUGGCUAAAUCGCUUUAAACUCACCCCCCUGCUUAAACCGCUGCACGGUCUUCAUGCAGAUGCCCGGCUCCCAACCUUGCAAAGACUCUGGCGGGUGGUGACGCUUCCACGCUUUGCGUAGAUCCGGCGCUGUCAACGGGGCUACUCAAAGUGCUGCAAGCCACUCACGGCCUCAGCACUUUGCAGGACUGGGGCCUCGUCUCUCAAAAUAGCUGUGAGCCUUGACCCCUCCCAGGCAGGCAGCAAUGAAGCGGAGAUUUUUUUUAACGGAUGAAACUAUUAUUUGCUCAUUUAAUUUUUUCUACCAGUCGUUUUCCAUUCCGUGUUUUCGGUUUUCAGUUCAGCGCGGGUAUCUCUGGGGUUAUUUUUCUGAAGCCGAGGAAGGACAUAUAACGGUUUAUUCUUAUUUUUAUAUCUACGUUCUGAAAAAGAAUCAUAUUCCAGUGCCUGACUAAAAAAAGACAAGCAAAGAAAAACGGGAAUUUCAGCUUUCUUUACAUUUUCCAAAAGAAACCAAAAAAUCGCUGGAUCUAUGUAUAGAAAAGCAACGGCAUGAAGACUUUUGCUCUCACCGCAGUGACUCGGGAUGCGAGAAAAAACUUGGAACCAAAAAAAUUCAUAAUGAAGUGAACCAAGAAAACGCAAAUACAAAACCUUGAAUUGAAGAAGAAAGGAUUCUAAACAAUGGACCCAAAGGGGCAUGUCGACUGUUUCUGACUAGACUGAUGGCCUGACGCUCUUUCUCUGUCUUGAAAAAAAUACCUCAUGGACGUUGCGUCAAGAAGCGCUGGUUUAUGUGACAAAAGGACCAAAUAAACCAAAUCACCAGAAUGGGAAAGGGGCUAACGGAGAGUCCUGAGCGCCCUUCCCCAUGGUUGGAAAAGCUUUAAAAACCGGCUUCUUGAAACGCUGACAUAUUGUUUGGUUUUUUUAAAACACAAAGACAACUUUUUCUUUGGAGUGUUUUUUUUAGUUGGAUUAAUUUUCGUGCGUGAUUGUUUUGUUUUGUUUUUUCAACGUCUGCGAACCAAAGUCUUGCUCCUUUCAGAGAAGGAAGUUAGCCAUGAGAAAACGCCAUCCGGCAACUAAAGAACAGAAUGGAAAAGUUAAAAAAAAACAUUGAAAACAAACAAACCUUUCUUUAAAGGGAAAAAAAGAAUCUUGACCUCAUUUUAGCUCCUGCUUUUCGCGGUGUUCAUAGAGUUCAGGUGGGUUUGAGACAACACAAAAUGAACAUACUGUGAAACUUUGCUUUACAAAGAAACUGACUGAAACACCUAGGUUUAAACACAGAAAAUACCAAAAAACCCCAACAACAACCAAACAAAAAGACCAGACUUGAAACCGCUGUUUUUUCACCCUGUAAGGUGCGUGAGGGAAGAGAGCCAGCCCCCGGAGCUGCAGUUCUCACCUCGAUGGGAGAGGAACGGCGUUUGGGGUGGCUGGUUUCUCCCGGAUGUGCUGCCCGAACGCGUUUUCUAGGUGGAAUGUAACUGUUUUAGUGAACUCUCUUCUUUCUUUCUUUCUUUUGGGAAAAUUUUUGGUUUCAGGGGUGGGGGGAGAGGGAAUGCUUCCCUUUUUUUUAUAGAGAGAAAUUCUAUGUUCUGCUUUAUCGCUUCUUACUGUAUAUAUAUAAAAAACAACAAAAACAAAAAAAAACAAACAAAAAAAACAAAACAAAAAAACCCAAACGCAAAAAGUUUGAGAUGACAAAAAAACCCAAAAAACCAAAAAUUGUUUUAAAAAAAAAGGAUUUUAGACCAAAAAUGACCCUAUCUCCAGGAGCGGAACAGGGAGUGCUGGGCACUCGGCAUUGGCGGGGGGCAACCUCAAAACCUAAUGGGGAAGAGGAGUGAAAGAGGGCAAGUGGGAUGGCUGUCAUGAGGGACGGGGCAGGGGGCCAUGGGAUUUCUACAGUGUCUGUGAGUCUGUCCAUGGCUAACCCGAGCCAUGGGGUAUACCCUCCACUGGGACUGCAUUUCAUAGGGGGUCUAGUGUUUUAGAGCAGGGGAACUGGGAGCCAGGACUCCUGGAUUCUUUUCCCAGCUCUGGGAGGGGAGUGGAGUCUGAUGCAUUAGAACAGGUGGCUGGAAGCCAGGACGCCUGGGUUCUCUCCCCGGCUCUCCCACUGUCUCCCUGCGAGAUGAUGAUGGUUGCCAGAGAUUGUCUGGGUAUGUGAUGGGAGGCUCAUGAAUCCCUAUGAAAUGCAUCCGUGGCCCCCCCACUUCCCCUGGGCCAGCCCCCCAAUGCCCCUCCCCAGAGGCGGGGUUGAGAAUAAGUAUCCAAACAAGCUUUAAACUACAGCUGUGAAACCAAAUAUUUACGUACACACCUCCGUGCUAGCAACCCAGUCAGGACCGGGGGGCGGCAGGGAGCGGCUGGGCUGGGGAUCCCCUCCUCCCCACGGUGCCGUGAAACCCACCGCGAGGUUCUCUGGAGAUAGCCUGCCAUAUACCUCAUCUACUUUAAAGAUAAACCAAAUAGAAAUGCUUUAUUAGGGUGCGUGCCGGACGGGUGAGGGGAGCGGCGACCUCUCCCAUUGUCCCGCAGAGCCCCCAGGAGCAACCCUCCAUUUCCUUUCCUUCGUGGGUUUUCCUUUUUGUUUGGGGCAGGGGUGCGGGCGCAAGGCUGGAGGAAUCUUGAUGGGGGAGGGAGGAUGCCCACAAGGCCACCAGUCCAUCCCCCAACCUAGACAGCCCCUGUCCAGACUCAGCCACUUGUCAGGUUGGGAAUCCCAAUUAUCACCCCAGGAUGAUGGUGCUUCGCUGUACCCCGCCCCCAUGUGGAUUGGGGGAAGCAUCUGCCACUGGUCUGUGAGCCAGGGAGAUGCCCAUUCCGGACACUAGGAGAGGGCAGUGCCAGCAUCCAAACCCUUGCCUCAUGCCGCCCUGUCACAGUGACUGACCCAGGAGGGGUGGAAAAUCGCGAUGACUUUGCCAAAGGUAGUCAGUUCCUAGUGUUUAAACGUUUUAUGUUUUAAUCUUCCAGGGUCUGAUCCUGUCUUGUUAAUUUAUUUGUAACUGUGGGACUUAGAAGUGACUUGAAAAAUUAAUAAUAACAAUGUAACAGA